AUGGCUACGUCGAAUCGAGAUCCGGAACCCGAGGAUUUGCAGCUAGUAGACUACUCGCAAAUCGCCCAUCUAACCCACUUGGAAUCGGCAGUAUUGACAGAGUACCAAAACAUCAACACCAACCUCGUCAAGAUCAACCGGAUACUAGAGUCGUUCAUCGCCAAGGACGAUCCUCGCAAUGCCAGUGUGCGACUAACGCAGAACUUGCGCGAGCUCGAAACAAAGAUCCCUUUGGUGUAUACCUUGUUCAAGAGUGCCGUUUACGCGUUGUAUACGCGCAACGACGAAAACUCGGAAAUCGAAGAUGAACACGAUGAGCGCGAUGAGCGAGACGCACGCGAUGAGCAAGAGGAGGAGAAAGGAACUCAUGAACUACUGAGCAUAUCCGAUGCAGAUGCAGAGGCAGAGGCAGGUGCGGAGGCAGGUGCAGAUGAAUAA